AUGGAACAGUUCCCUGAAUUAAAGAAUGACUUGAUUCUGCGAGCAGCUCGUGGAGAAAAGACUGAACGAGUACCUGUCUGGAUUAUGCGACAAGCUGGUCGAUACUUGCCAGAAUUCCGAGAAACACGAGCAACAACCGAAUUCUUCACCGUAUGCCAAACUCCAGCACUAGCAACUCGAGUAACUCUCCAACCAAUCGAACGAUUCGGUGACUUACUCGACGCCGCAAUCAUCUUCUCCGACAUUCUCGUAAUCCCUCAAGCUCUAGGCAUGGAAUGUCAAAUGCUACCUGGUGUAGGCCCACACUUCCCAGCUCCUAUCCGACAAGUAUCUGAUCUAGAAAAGCUAAACAAAAAUGUCGACGUAAAUAAGGAACUGGGCUAUGUGUUUGAGGCAUUGACCAUGACGCGACAUGAGUUGAAGGGACAGUGUCCAUUGUUUGGAUUUGCUGGUGCUCCGUGGACUUGUAUGGCUUAUAUGAUUGAAGGCGGUGGAAGUAAGAAUCUGGCUAAAGCUAAAGGAUUCUUGUAUAAUCAUCCAGACGAGAGUCAUCAGUUGUUACAGCUUAUAACGGACGUAACCAUCAAUUAUCUGGUUGGCCAGAUCAAGGCUGGUGCUCAGAUCGUUCAAGUGUUUGAUUCAAACGCCGGUGAACUAUCACCACAUGUCUUCAAAAAAUUCUCACUCCCAUAUCUCCGUCAAAUAUCCAAAGACGUCAAGGCAAAACUGACUGCCAUGUCAAUAAAACCAGUACCAAUGAUUGUAUUCGCCAAAGGAGCCCAUUUCGCUCUCGAAGAGCUGACGGAGUCGCAUUACGAUGUGGUAUCAUUGGAUUGGACGUUAGAUCCAAGUAAAGUCCGUAAAGUGACUACAGAUAAAGUCACUUUACAGGGUAAUGCUGACCCCAUAUUGUUGUUUGCGGAUCGAGACACGAUUCGGGCUGAAGUGAAAUUGAUGCUGGAGGCAUUUGGUACGCAACGAUAUAUAGCUAAUUUGGGGCAUGGGAUGCUUCCAGAUCACAGCCCGGAGCAUCUCAAAUGGUAUCUCGAAGCUAUUCGUGAUAUAUCUCUAGAGAUGAAUGCCAAAAACUAA